AUACCCCCCACCCAGGCGCUCCUCACCACGCCACGUACGCUACGCCCCGCCCUCCGGUCCGACCCGACCCUGCAAAAUCCCGUUCUCUCUCUCGGAGGAGAUAUUUCGCCGUCGUUCAAGAUAAGAAGUUGCUAGAGGCAAGUUAUUUCGAAGAUGGCGCUUGUUUCAGGAGGAAGGUCAACGUUGAACCCAGAUGCCCCUCUAUUCAUCCCCGCUGCUGUUCGCCAGGUUGAGGAUUUCUCCCCAGAGUGGUGGCAGCUGGUUACGACCUCUACGUGGUAUCGUGAUUAUUGGCUCAGCGAACAUCCUGAAGGGCUAGAUGACAAUGUGGACUUCGAGGAUGAACUUCACGGCAGCGAUGUGGCAGAUUUGCUUCCAGAUACCUUUGAUCUCAAUGCUGAAGAUUUUUCCUUAAUGGAUUCCCAGUUCGAGGAGUUCAUCCGAUUUACUGAGUCUGAGGGGAACGAUUUGUCUGCCCCAGCAUUCGAUGGAACAAAUGGAAAAGCAGGCCUUUUAGAUAUGGGCGCAAUGAAGCAGAAUGCAGACUUUUUGAAGUCUUUGGACGUUGAACGCCAAUGGACAAAAAAGAAUCGGCAAAAUAUGCAGAGAAGCCAGCCAAGAAUGUGAAUGCAAAAUGCAGCCCCCGCUUCAUCCAGCAGCCUCGCUGAAGUUCCCUCUGAGGAUAGUUCUUCAGCGUAGGCUUGCAUGCCCCACUGGGGUAGGUUUUUUACCUGUUUCCUGUAGUUCUUUUUGUAGAGCAAGGUCACUUUAUGCGGCCCUUGACCAUCUGGCAUCUGCCAUGUAUUUUCCUUUCUUAACCAAAGGCACUUUGUGAAAAUGUAAAAAUCAAAGUGUAUAAUCAACUAGAAAAAGAAAAGAGAAAUCUCCUUGUUCAGCCUACCACAGUUGAGUAUCCGUCGUCUGUUUCAUCGUAUAUAGCUGUAGUUUCGCAAA